UUUAACGAAGCUUGUGAGUUCCGUGUGUGUUAAGUGUUCGUUGGUGUUCAGUUGGUGCGCCUCGACUGGGCAAAAUCGCGUAAAAUGGAAACAGAAUUUCGUUGUGAGGUUGAGGUUGGCCGUUGAAAAAAGUGAACAUGGGAAGGUCCAAGUUUCCCGGGAAGCCGCCAAAGACGGUCACCAGGAAACGGAUCAAAGUUCUCGGUCAACCCGAGACAGCCCAAAGCGAUUCGGUAACCGUCGCCGAGAACAUCUACUACGGACUUUCCCUGUUCAACGAAACAUUUGGUGACAAUGAAAAGGAACAUCCACCAUUCCAUGGCUUUAGCACUAAAGAAGCUAAUCUUUCCGUGUCUUACAUAAAAACGCAACAACAUGACACAGAAAAUACAACUGUUAAAUCACCACCUGAUGCUAUUGAUAAUUCUGUGCCACAGCAGAAUGUACAGACUGUCGCAGAUAUUAAAAGUCCUCCAUCGCAUACUGAAAAUAAUACAGAAAAAUUAUGUGAUAAAAAUAUCAAACUAGCGGAAGAUGAUAAAAAAGAUGUGACUGCGUUAAAUUCCAAACGUACUACUAAAUUUCAUAGACCCAAGAGUCGUAGAGCUUGUAAAAAUAUAAAAUUCUCCAAUUUUAUGAAAACACCAGUAUUAAAAUCAGUAAAUAAUAUCUUAGAUCAGCAUCAACGAACGAGACAACUACGUAACAGUACUGCAAAAAGAUUAUUGCAAAGGGCAAAAUCUAACAGUAACAAUGCGCGCAAUAUCACGGCACAAUGUGGAGAUAAACCAAAUGCUGUAAGGAAAUUUAUUUUACCUGUUCGAAGUGCCCAUUCGUCAAGAGUUAUUAAACCAAAUAAAAGAUUUAUCGAGGAAUUAGAAGAAACUCCUGGAGCAGAACAUAGUGAGAACGAAAUUAGUACGCACGUAAAGAAAGCUAAACUUGCAUUAAAUAAACAUUGUAAUCAAGAACCAAAAUUAAAAGACGGAAAUAUUACUAAACUCUACACAAAAUUAAAAGAUAAAGAAACAAAAAGUAAAGCCAAAAAGGUAAUCCAGCGUGUAAAUUCCAAUGCCCAAACUCUUGUGCAACCUGCAAAGAAUCUUGAAAAAUUAGCACCUUCUAUACAAGACACACAAUUAACAAAAACUGUUAGUACAGAUGUUAAAAAAAUUAAUUUAUCAGCUAAAAACAAAAUGGUAAAGUGCUCAUCCGAUGAAUGCAAUAGUGUUCAAGAUGGUGUACCAAAUGUAACCAGAAAAGCUCCAAAUGCAAAAUUAAAUAUCUCCAAAAAUCAAAAAUUAAUUUCUGUUCCUACAAAAGCUCUUCCUGAUUCUGAUGUUCCAAGUUCAGAGUCUUCCAGGAUUCAAACUAGAUCAGGAACUCAAAAUGAUACAGUUGAUUUAGAAGUUCAGACAACUUUUGAAGAUUCAGCAAAAAUGAAAGAAAAUAAUAGCACAAAGGGUCGAAGCAAUGUUGAUAGCAGCAAUAAAAAUACAGAGAGAAAUUCAGAUAAUUUUGAUACAGAAAGCACAUUAUCUGAAAGUGGAAGUGAACAUAGUAAUCAUACAGAAGACGAACAGUCUGAAUGGACUGGGAUGAAAUUAAAUGGUGGGAAAGUUAUUUUAAGAAAGGCAAGGCUAAAACUAGAUAAUAAAUGUGUCAGUGGAACUGAAGGUCCCUUUUCAACGACAAAUAGCAACAGUGUUACAAGUGGAAAUACUAAUUUAGGCUUAACAGGUACCAUCAAAUGUGGGGUUUGUGGUGCUGUACGGUUCUAUCGAUUUGUGAAACAAGCUCGAAAAUUCGGUAUUCACAGUUGUGAAUCGUGUAGAAAGUUUAUCAGUAAAAUGAUUAAACGACAGGCUUGUGCAAAAUCUACAAAUAGUACUCUUCCAGUCCUUCAAUGUCAUAAAGGCGAUGGUUUAUGCUUAGUACCACCUGUUGUAAGAAGUCAACAAUGGAAUCUCAUGAGAUGUGUUUAUAAAGCUAGAUGCCCAGCUUGUUGGUUAAAAAUGUGCUUGAAAUGUUACAACAUUCCUUCUUCUUUGAGAACAGGCUUAAAUACACUGUUACCACCAAUGAUGAGAGAUCCUCUGAAUAUUCCAUUAAUAUUGAAUCAAGAAGAUAAUGAUAAUCAAGGACAAAAAUUAAUAUCUUCUAAGUUAGGUUGGCCUGCGGAAGAUAGUUCAGAGAAGAACCUGUUCAAAUCAGCAAUGAAUUGGAGAAACAUAGAAAUAGGUCAAAAGACAAGCUAUCAAGGAACUGGUGGUUUUCUAUAUACAAAGUUAGAUAAGUUUGACUCAUCACUGAAUAUAUCGCCUAAUAAAAAAAGAAGAAAAAACAAUAGGAUAAAAGUGAGGAAGAAAUUGAAGAAUCCAAUGUUCUCCGUACCACCUUUAAAUCAAUGUCCACAACCUUUGAGACAGAGACUCGAAUUGAAGGGACCAAGAGUGAAACAUGUUUGUCGAAGUGCAAGCGUGGCUCUUGGUCAACCAAUUGCAACUUUCCCCUCUGUAGAUGGAAAAGAAGAUACUGAAAGCAAUAAGCACAUUCCGAAAAAUUUAAAGGAAAAUGAUAGGGUAGAGAAAAAGGAUGACACAAAAGAGAAAGAGUCACAAAAACAUAACGAUGAGAAUACUGUAAAUCAUAAUACUGUCAAUGCAACGCAGCAACCUCAUCCAAAAAGAGGCAAAUCACAACAAAAUAUAUCAACGUCAAAUUUUCAAGUAGUGCCUAAAACGAAUAAUGACGCAUUACACACAAUAUCGAUAGAUUUUUGGGAGCAGUACGAUCCUACAGAAGUUGGUGCAAAAGGCUUUGCCCUUAUAGGUUCAGAACUCUUUCAGAUUCCUGCUAUUUGUUACCUUUGUGGAAGUGCUGGCAAAGAACCACUCAUCCACUGUCAGUGCUGUUGUGAGCCAUAUCAUGCCUUUUGUUUGGAACCCAGCGAAUGGAAUGCUUGUGCUCAACCAAAUUGGUGCUGUCCUCGAUGUACAAUAUGCCAAUCCUGCCAUCUAAGAUCUGGUCCAAAAUUGUCUUGCAUUCGUUGUCGUCAAUCAUUUCACCAUUCGUGUUUGUCAAAAUCUGGUGUUAGUGCGAGACUUUACAGUCCUGAAAGACCUUAUGUGUGUCAAAAUUGUGUUAAGUGUAAAAGCUGUGGUAGUGAAGGAGUUAAUGUCCAUGUGGGCAAUUUACCAUUAUGCUCCAUGUGUUUUAAAUUACGUCAACAAGGAAAUUACUGUCCUCUAUGUCAAAGAUGUUACAACGAAAAUGAUUUCGAUACAAAGAUGAUGGAAUGUAGCGAAUGUUCGUAUUGGGUACAUGCCUAUUGCGAAGGAAUUUCUGACGAGCGUUAUCAAAUUCUUAGUUAUCUACCCGAUACUAUUGAAUUUACAUGCAGCCAAUGUUCUUCAAAUCCUAAUUCUGUUUGGAGAAAUGCCAUAGAAGCUGAACUUAAGGCUGGUUUCAUAGGAGUUAUAAAAGCGUUAAGUAAAAAUAAGAAGAUUUGCGCUGCUUUGAAAUGGAGUCCAAGAAAAGAAUGUUUAUGUAUAUCUGUUUCUAAUGGGAAAAAAUUGGACUUUUCAAAUGAGAAAGCAGAUUCAAAUAUAACCAAUGUCAAAGAAGGCCUGAACGUAGAAGAAGCUGAAGAAAGUAAUUGUGAAAAGAUUAAAAAUACAGAAUUUGGAUAUAAUAAUAAUAAUUCAAAGUCCGAUUCGAUAAAUAAAUUGGACGAAGAUCAACCAAGCGAUAACUGUAACAGAAGAGGUUUAAGACGUCUUCGACAAAAAUUUCAUUUAAAAGAGUGUUCUGUUCGAGUAAAGAAUUGCGCUGUGAAAGAUACUCAAGACAAUGAUAAGAAAGAUUCGGUAACUCAAGAAAAUACAAGUAGUAAUUCUAAUGAUACAGAAUGCCAUUGCUCAGAGCAGCAAAUCAUUGUUAGACCUUCGCCUACACUGAUGUCGGUGAAACGAAAAGUCAAUAACAAUGAAUAUAAAACUCUGUUACAGUUUCAUUGUGAUAUGGAACAUGUUAUAAAUCGUACUGGAACGAAGGAUCUUACAGAAGUUUAUCACGAAAUUUUACAAGAUGUGUUCCCAUGGUUUAGUCCGAAAAGUAUAAGAAACAAUAAUGGCAAAAGCGAUCCGUUAACAGCUACUAAAGAUAUCGGUAAAGACGAUAGUACAGUUACAAAAUUUGAUGAUUCUAUUCUGGAAGUAUGGAAAGAAGAGGUGAUCAAAGCACCAAAAGCAAUCGCAGCUAAAACAGCAAAUUUAUAUAACGUUCAUGUCGAAGAUAGUAGAUCAUGUUGUUUGUGCAAAGGUUUAAGCGAUGGUCCAGAGACGAAAGAAGGACGGUUACUGUAUUGCGGGCAAAACGAGUGGGUACAUUCGAAUUGUGCGCUUUGGUCUAACGAAGUAUUUGAAGAAAUCGAUGGUUCUUUGCAAAAUGUUCAUAGUGCUAUUUCAAGAGGUCGAUUAAUUCGUUGCGCAGAAUGUGGAAAGAAAGGGGCUAGUGUUGGCUGUUGCGCGAAGAAUUGCAACAGUACCUUCCAUUAUCCUUGUGCUAGAAACGUUGGUCUUGCCUUUAACGACGAUAAAACAGUAUUUUGUUCUUCGCAUUUAAAUAAUUGUACGCAUAAAACAUUGCAAAAUGAGAAUGAAUUUAGUUUACAAAGACCAGUAUAUGUAGAAUUGGAUCGUAAGAAGAAAAAAUACGCGGAACCAAGUAAAGUGAAAGUUAUGAUAGGCUCACUGAUGAUAGAUUGUUUAGGCACAAUCAUACCUGAAUACUCUGAUACAAUUGAAAGAAUUAUACCUUGUGAUUAUAAAUGUUCUCGGCUAUAUUGGUCUACGGUAAACCCAUUUAAAAUUGUAAGAUAUUAUAUUAGAACGUACGUGCAGAUGUAUGUACCAGAGGUUUCUUCCAAUUUAGAAAAUAAUAUAACUAUUGAUCAUUCUAAAGAGCAAGAAGAAGAAGAUACAUUAAAUACACAGAAAAGCGAAUAUUUAGCUGUAAAACAAACUCUAGAUGCUUUGAUCGAUGCAGUUUGUAACAAAGAAGUGGAUGAAAAUCUGGCAGAACAAAAUAAUACAGAUCUUUUACCUCCAGAAUUGAAAGAAGCUAUAUUCGAAGAUUUGCCGCAUGAUUUAUUAGACGGUAUUUCCAUGCAAGAUAUAUUCCCAAAAAUGACGUACGAAGAUUUUAUAGCAAUGGAUUUGAAAAAUGAUGGGACCUUCGCAGCAGAUCUAUUCAAGGAUGAUAUGCUGGCAUCCGAAGUAGACGAAAUGAUAAAGCCAUCUGAUAGUAAAGUUUCAAAGAUAGAUCCUUCUUUAGUAGAAUUAGGGUCGCAUAACGAUUUAUGGGUUCAUUUGGAAACGAAAACAUCCGUUCAAGAUCUAAUGGAUGAUCUGUUUAGUUCAAAAAAUCAAAAACGCGGAGGCAGAGAACUGAAGCGAUCUAAAUCGGAAGUAAUAUCGAAUAGCCCGUUAAUCGUUGGAGGACAAAGGCACCAUCAAAGAUCUUGCAGUUUAACGUGGAGUUGUAAAUUAGAUGGUACUUACGCUCCCAGCAUAAAACGAAGGAAAUUGUCUAGGAAUUCAAGCAUGACGAAAUCAAACGAGACAAGCGUAAUGGUAUUAGAUUCGCAAAACGAACGGCCGCCUACUUUGCACGAGUUAAGGAUUCCAGACAGUAUCAUGGUUACUGUAGGCAGAGCAAAUACACCUAAUAUUUUAUCCGAUUCUAUGCGGGAAUUAAAGUAUUGCAUCGAGGAUGCUACCAGUGGUAUUAAUCGUAGAGUAAUAUCCAGUAGUCGGGAGGAAGGUAAAGAGCAUAAACGGCUGUUUUGGCAUGCGAGGCAACAACCGCGAAUAUUACAAGUCGACGGCCCUGCCGAUUCAGGCAGCGCCAGUGAAUGCAGUUCACCGGAGUAUAAUAUAGAAGAAAAGAGUACGGCAUUACGCGUGGCAGAACAUUUAUCGAUUCCGCAAUUAGACGGCAUCAACGACGAAUCCUCGUGCGACAGCAGCGAAAUUACUUCGUCUAACGAAAAGGACUGCUGCAACUCUUAUUAUACAAAGUCUUCGAAUAAUAUUUUACGAUCAAAGCGUAUAUAUGGAUUUAUUAGAUCGCACAUUGGAAAAUACGAGGAUAAAGCACAAAAAACGAAAGGAGGUGACAGCCUUUCCAGCAAUUUUCAACAAAGAUCGAACACAGCGCAACAAAUAAAUCCGCGGGAGAAUAAUUUGAAAUUGAAUUUGAAAAUUCCACAGUUAGACGGAGCCGAUGAUAUUUCUAGCGACGAUGAGUGCGUAUCACCGCAACACGUUGAAAACGAAACGACUACUAUUACAUCUCGAUGCGAUGCACCAUUUGAUCAUAUAGAUCGCCCUGUAACUUGUAAACGAUGCCGCUGUACAUAUAGAACGCAAGAUAGUUAUAAUAGACACUUGGCAAAUUGUGAUAUCAUGAUAACGAGCGACAGCGAUUCCGAAACUAUGGAUAAUAAAUUAGCAUCGCCUGAUUCUAGAUUUUCUCCGAGUAUCGGAUCCGUGUCUCCUCAAUUUAUAACGUUAUCUCCGUCUGAGGGGCAUACACUUUCAUCCGAUUAUCCAGAUAUGCAAGCUACUUCGCCUUUGGAAGCUUCCGUACCAUCGCCUCAUCCGGCUAUUCAAAUCGAACCGAUAGCACAAGCGAUUAUUACGCCGCAAAUUCAUACGCACGCUACCGUCGAAACCGUUCAUCAAACGGUAUUAACAUCAAACGAUAUGAUCGUACAAACGCAAUAUACUAGAACUACAACUACAUUACCGAAUGCCACGGUAUUACCUCAAGAAAGUACUGUUCAAAUAACAGAAAUCACAGAUCCCCCAUCUGUCGCAAGCGAUUCCAGUAUAUCGCAAAAUAUCAUCAAUACGCCUAUGAAUUCUCCAGAUGGUGCAAGUUCCCAAACGGUUCCAAGUCCACAAAUAUCGCCUACGUUUUCUUCCACCGGCGUACAAACUGCGUCUUCGACCGAAUCGUCACAAGGGAACAGUAUUCAGAUAACGAAGUUGACUAAAUCAAAAUCUCCCAGAGCACCAAAGUCUCGGACGAAAGGAAUCAAAACGCAAAUCGUGAAAAAUAGUAUACAGCCGCACAACAAUGGACAUGCUAGAUUUCAGCCGAUGCAGAACAAUACUCCGAUUAUACAGUUGCAACAAGCUCAAAGACCGAGUGGGCCAACUGUCAUAUUGCAACAAGCAUCUCCUGGCAUCAUGUCUGCGUACGUUGAAACAUUGCAACAACAGUCCGGACAAAACCUUCAGUACGUAACAACGAUCGGUGGUCAGCAUGAAACUGCUGCAGCGUUUAAACCUCAGUUCAUAACAGCUAACCAUUUAAUUCCUGGUGCAUACAUACAAGCAUCUUCCGACAACUUGUUGGCAUUGCAAAACGGGGGUAUAUCGAUAUUGCCAGGUGUACAGAUCGCUCAAACACAGCCAACGGUCCUUGGAACGAUUAUACAGCAACAACCCAGUGCGAUUCAAUGUGGAGUUAUUUCGUCGGAACAGUUAUUAUUGAGCUCGACACCAACGCUAGAAAUGUUUACAGAUUCAACGGGUAGUAUGUUUCUGUCGAACCAACCGAUGUAUUACGGUUUGGAGACUAUCGUAAGCAACACGGUGAUGUCUUCCAGUCAGUUCAUGACUGGCACGGUACCGCAAGUAUUGGCAAGCAGUUACCAAACGACAACGCAAGUUUUUCAAGCUUCUAAACUGAUGGAACCUAUCGUAGAUGUUCAGGCUGUUCCAGGUGUUCCCACUGUGACGGCAGUGCAAUCCGUACAAAACGUAUCCGGAGUACCAAGCGUACCAAACGUUGCUAAUGUAUCCAACGUAACCAAUAUAACCAGCAUACCUAAUGUACCUAGCGUAACGAAUGUACCUAAUGUUCCGACUGUUCCCGCUAUACCGACUAUACCCACUGUACCCGCUGUACCCACUGUACCCACUGUAUCCAAUGUCUCUAACGUAUCUAAUAUGCCAAGCAUAACAAACAUACCGAAUGUGUCCAAUGUACCUACGGUACCUAGCGUGUCUAAUGUGCCUAGCGUACCUAGCGUACCUAGCGUACCUAGCGUACCUAGCGUACCUAGCGUACCUAGCGUACCUAGUGUGCCUAGCGUGCACAACGUACAUAGCGUGCCUAGCGUGCCUAGUGUACCUUGUGUACCUAGUACAAUACCCGGUGCAUCUAAUACACCUAGCAUACCUAAUGUACCUAACGCAUCCAGUAUGCCUAGCGUGCCUAACGUAUCGAACGUACCUAGUAUAUCUGGUAUACCUAACUUACCUACCAACGUAUCCAGCGUACCCGGUGUAUCUAGUAUACCUAACGCAUCUAAUGUAUCUAAUAUACUUAAUCCAGCACCUACUUUGUCCAGUACUUCUAACAUUACUAACAUACCGGCUGUACCUACCGUUCAAAAUGUAUCUAACGUUUCAACCUUACCAUCCAAAGUUGGCAAUAUUUCCGAUAUGUCUACGGUACCCAGUGGUUACGUGGUAGUAAAUCAAUCGACCACGCCUAUAGUAGAAUCGUCUAUCGCAACAUCACAGAUUCAUAUUCCUGCGACAGCCGAGCAAAAUUUUCCAACGGCCACUUGUAACACCAUGUUACCUGUAUCUUGUCAAAGCGUCGUAGAACCAGUAACAUCGAUAGAGCUAUCGUCAGAUACGUGUGCAUCCGAAGCUCAAGCUACGGUAAGAGUGACAUCGUCUCCAAAGUUGUUGCAAAACUCAAUACCGACGAUACCGAGAGUAGCUGUACGGCCAAGCCCAGUUUCAAACUCCGUUGUACAACCUAACAACGGACCAUGGAAGAUUACAGAACCGUUGUUUGGCUCGGAACAGAUGAUGAACAAUAAUGUCCGACCGUACUUUGACUCGAAACACGUGUCAGAGAAUACCAGUAUGAUAAAGUCUAGCAUAUCAUCCAAAAUACCCCCAUUACCUAAUCACUGUAUAACUCAAAGGGAUAUCAUUGUAAAUAAGUUAAACCACGAUGUAAAUAAUGUGCAUAAUAAUUAUAAUAGUACCGUACCGAAUUCAAACAAUAUUAAUGUAAGUACAAGUAAUAAUCCAGUGAUUGCGAGUUCGACUGUACAAAAUAAAAUUACAAUGUCUACGAGCAACGUACCAACGAGUAGGCCGAUGAACAGAGUGUUACCUAUGCAAGCCGUAACUCCGAAACAAGAUACAACCAAGAGCAUGCAGAAAACAGAAAUGAUCAUAGAAGAGCCAACGAAACCGGUAAUUAAGCCAGCAGAACCGGAACAGAAGCUUGGAACGGAAUCUGAUAAGAAACAGAUAGUCGAAGCUGUGGCGCCAACGGUGAAGAAACCAGCAGAGACCACUAUAAACAACAUAAACGAAACGCUGAAAUUGAACACUGAAACGAUCGAGAAGGUGAAAGAAAAUCUGAAAUUGGAACUGGACAAAGAGAAACUGCAGAAUGCCUCGUUGAAGAUAGUACUGCAGAAGCAACUGCAAGAUGGUUCUUACAAAAUUACACACAACAUGAAAGCAGUGACGCAGAAUAAGAAACCACCGCAAGUAACGUCCGUGGAGAUAUUACCGUCGAAGCAGGUACCGCAGAUAACCUCUUUGCAAUUGUUACCGAUAAAAACGUUCACAUUGAAAACGAACAAGAUCGAGGAGAAGGUAAAACCUAUCGAUAACCAGUUUAACAUACUGAAAACCAAAACUCCACCAGUUGCCGUGAAAAAACCAAGAAUGAUCAGUAAGUCGAUCAAAUCUGUACAGCCGAAUGUACCAAAUAUGCAAACGCAGAAAUCGAAAGGACCGACAUUGAUGUAUGAGAUAAAAUCGCAGGAUGGAUUCACUCAUACUGCCUCCUCCAUGGCCGAAGUAUGGGAAACCGUGUUUCAAGCUGUACAAAAUGCACGAAAGGCUCACAACUUACCUCCGUUGCCUCAUAACCCUCUCACCGAAAAUCUGGGCUUGGAAAAUAACGCCACCGUCUACCUGGUCGAACAGCUACCAGACGUGAACAGAUGUACCAAAUACAAACCUCGAUUUCAUAAUUUAGCACCGCCAAAACCGGGAGAAACGGAAAAUGACUUACCGAAUGCGUGUAUUAAUGGUGCUGCUCGUGCAGAACCGUUCAAAGGGAGAAAAGUUCAUGAUAUGUUCAGUUGGCUCGCGUCAAGGCACAGGCAGCAACCAAAAAUGAUCGCCAUCUCCGAAGCUGAGUCCAGACGAGUAGCAAGCACAAAUUUACCAAUGGCGAUGCGCUUUAGGAUACUUAAAGAAACGUCGAAAGAAUCGGUUGGAGUAUACCAUUCUCACAUACAUGGUAGAGGUUUAUUCUGCCUAAGAGACAUCGAAGCUGGAGAGAUGGUUAUCGAGUAUGCUGGUGAGGUGAUUCGUGCCUCGUUAACUGACAAACGAGAAAAAUAUUAUGAUAGUAAAAACAUAGGAUGUUACAUGUUUAAAAUCGACGAUCACCUAGUCGUUGAUGCCACAAUGAAAGGAAAUGCAGCGAGAUUCAUUAAUCACUCAUGCGAGCCAAAUUGUUACUCGCGAGUGGUAGACAUCCUAGGUAAGAAGCAUAUAUUAAUCUUCGCUCUCCGUCGCAUUAUUCAAGGAGAAGAGCUAACGUAUGACUACAAAUUUCCUUUCGAGGAUAUCAAGAUUCCAUGUACCUGCGGUUCCCGCAGAUGUCGUAAAUACCUCAAUUGAGACUGCAUAUACAGCUAUCGUAAGCAGCCAACCGUAAGCGGCACAGCAAAAAAUAUUGUGCUAUAAUUAUGUGCGCUUUGGAAUAGGAUUCAUUUUAUUGAACGUUAUUCAUUUAAUCAUCAAACUAUUUUCAGAGAUUGCAGCUUUUUAUUAUUAUAAAAGAAAUAGAUAUACAUUUAAAAUAUUAGAAGGCCAGAUAUAGUACACAAAACAUCGCGUUAUGACAAUGUUACUUUAAACAGCUACACUUGGUAGUUGAUUUAAGGGAUAUACUUAUAGCAAUAAAUAAUUGAAUAUGUCCUGCUUACGUACCCAACGAGCCUUGCGUGCUUUAUCGCACUAAGACUCAUGAAAGUGUUACUUUAUCCACGCCUGUGCUUUUAUGCACUUCUUUUAGACUCUACUUAUUAUCUUGACUAUCGAGGCUUAAGCGUACAAGUUAUCGUCACUUUACACUAAAUCGAAAAUGCUUUUAGCUUAUACACAUAUAUAAGAUAUAUACGUACACAUACAUGUGUGUGAAAAUUUCUUCUCUAUAUAUUAUAUGUUACUUUCAGUCAUAAAUUCAGUGAUCCUAAAUAUAAUUGAACAAGUUUGAUUCUGUGAAAUUAAACAAAAUCUACUUGCAUAGGAUAAAAUCGAGGACCUAUAUCUAUAGGAUGAUGGGCGAGUUUCCCUCGACUGGGACUUACCUUUUUCUCAUUACGUACUUGAACGUAGGAACUAUACUCGUGUACUACGCGACGUGUAUCACACAAUUACGGAUUAUCGGCGAAACUUGUGAAAUAAAAAGCACACAACUUUAUUGUAAGUUUCAAUUUUACCAGAUUGUACCAUUGUAACCAGAUAAUUCAAUGUUCUUGAAAACUUUAUGUAAAUCUAAAAUUUAGUGUACAGUGUACGACUAACUUCGUGACAUUUCAUGUCCGAUGUAGGGCCAGAUUUCAAACGUUCUUGUAAAAUAUGUAAUUGUUAGAUUAGACAUUGUCUUGAUGUAAGUACAGCUACCAACUUAACUUAAGUUAGUAACGUAGAUGUUUUAAGAAACAAAAAAAGAACAUGAGCGCGCGCAUAAGAGGAUGUGAGGGAGUGAGAGUGAGAGGGAGAGAGAGAGAGUGAGAGAGAGAGAGAGAGAGAGAAGGGGAAAGAGAGAGAAUGGCUAGAAGGAACAGUUUCCUGGCGUGGGAUACUGUUUGAAGGUGUACCUACUUUGGCAGACAUUGAUGAUAUUUUAAGUCUUAUAAUAACAGGAAAAGAAACGAAAGAUCAAAGAAGAUUGGAAAGAAAGAGGCUUGCUUUUCCAAGAAAUUGAAGCCUGUUCAUUUGUUUCGAACGAACAUGUUACGUAUAUAUGCGCAAUUAUUUUGAUAUGUUUUUAUAGAUUUUUAAACGAUGCACCCAUGCGUUUGUGCUUCCGCCUUGCCAAUAUUACAAUAUUAAUCUCGUUACUUUAUUUUUAUAUUUAAAGAAUAUAAAUCGCUAGAGAAUAGAGAAAAACAAACUUUUUAUUUUAGGGAGAAACCCGAUAGGACGGUACCGCUCUGUUUAUAUAGGAGAUUAAUCUUCAUUUUUUCCGUAGUUUCUGUUCAAAAUUCGUAUAUGAUUUAUAAGAGGCACGUAUGAUCACACGUAAUCGAUUACGUUGACACAGAAUGUAAAAAGAUAAUUAGAUCAUUGUUUCGAGUAAACUUUUCUAGAAUACGAAUAUUUCUAGAAAAUAUUUGUGAUAUUUUCCCACACUGGGGAAAGUUAUGAAUGUUCUUUAUAGGAAUAUAUUUCAGAUUUUUACGGAUAUACGUAUAUAUAACGUAUAUUCCGUAAAAAGCACCUUUCUGUGAAAUGCAGUUUUGCCUUACCUUUAAUGUACCUACGCUUUAAACCCGGUGAUAGAUUUAGAUAUACCCUGAUGACUUAUAUUCAAACUGAAAAAAAAAACUAAUUGUGUCUAUGCAUCCAUUAAGCUAUAAUAAAGUAUUUUAGUGCGGUUAAUCAAUUUCUGCCGAGGUGGUUGUCCCUUAAAUUUGGUGCUCCAUGGACACCGUUAAGUGCACUUUACACGAAAAAAUGGCCUAGAGUAAGAAAUAAUAGGUGGCAGCGGAAGAGUUUGAUAAUAAUAAGAAAUGCGUUAUAUAUACGAGGAAUAUCGAUCGCGAAUUUAUUUAACGAAGUAAUAUAAAGAAGUAAAUGAUGGCAGGAACAUUAUUUGAGCACGCAAGUAUUCGUCAGUCGUGCAACAUUUUAAUCGGCCUGGUUUGGUACAAAAUGCGUAUGCUGAUUUGUAAAAAGUUAUAAAACAAGGGGAAAAAAAUAGAAACUUGUUCUGGUCACGAGAAAUUGCCAUUUUUUAGGUAUUUUGAAUCUUUUCUUCUCCUUUUUUUUUUUAAUACUAUGAUUAUCAAUAAUUAAUAACUAUUAUUGGAAGAUGAAUAUUGUUAAUAUAAUGAUAAUUAAUUUUAAUAUGUAUAAAAAAAAAGAAAUAAUAUGACAUAAGAAAGGUAAUUACUUGAAAAUAUAAUAGCAAUGUUAGAUAUUUUAUUAAUAUUUAUUAUACUUAUGGAUGAUGGUUUUAGGAUUAACAAGAUCUAUUAAUUACAUUGAACAUGAUUUAGAGAACAUGGUGCCCACGAUGGUCUAAUAUUGUUGAAAAGAUACGGACGUCUGCUUUUUUUAUGCAGGAGAAGAAAGAGCAUUCUUUUCUCUUUAAAAUGAAAAAAGAAAAAAAAGUAAUGCAUUCUUGUAAUUGUUAUACGAUAUCACCGCGAGCAAUUUAGGAUUAUGGGAUAUAAGCGAUGUGUUUCGCUAUACUUUAUAUUCCCAUCGCAGAUUACUAAUAUCUCUAUGCUGACUGUAACGAUAAUCUAUAAUGGGUAUAUAUUUAAAUUUAAACAUGUCAGUAGGUAAAUUAAGAACACUGUUUUUUAAUUAUUUUUUUAUUUGUGAAAUCCAUAUAAAAUAUCGUAUGCUCUGAGAAAAAAAAGAAGAAAGAAAGAAAAAGUAGAUAUUAGCGUUCGUAUAACAGCAUAUGAACAAUAAUGUUCUAUGCAAUCACUUCUCUGGCGGAACUUUUCAGAGUUUACCGAGCGCUUUUCUGAAACAUACUCUAUAUCCUCUUAAAUGAUUACUGAUUACCUAUCUCACGGAGUGUGUACAAACUCCUUAGUAUUACGUAUCCAGCCUUCAUUAUUAUGGUUAUUAUUAUUAUUAUUAUCGAUUAAUUAUAAUCCACACGAGAAGAUAGCAUAAUACACUGUCACUCAUACUGUGCACCGUUUGUUUAAACUACACCCGUCAGCACCUUUGGAAAAUGAUUCGUAUGAAAAACAGUAAAAAUUUGGACGUGUUAGAGAGAAAGAACUCGAAUAUGUAUAUGUAUACCUUACCUCGACAUAAAUUUAGGUAUUAGAAAAGUGUUGGAUAUUUACUACUUUGGUGUGAUAAUGAAACGAGUGGUUAAGUUUACUCAUCAUGGACCUGUACGGUGCCCGUUAUUACCUUUUACGACAAUUUCGAGAACAUCGCAACGUUGCAUCCUUUUAUGAUCGAGAGUUUCAUCUCUUCGAAUUUUUGGUUUCUUCGUUUCAUCGGUAAAGACAAGGAAUUUAAAGAGACAGAAAUUUCAAAUGCAAAACGCUUCUUAAAUCGUGUAUGAACGAAACGAAACGAAAAAAAGAUAAGAGAAAGGAAAGAAAAGAAUAGUAUUAUUCUAAUGUUUAAACGAAUUGUAGAAUUUUUAAUAUUGUACUUGUUUAAAAGAAGAUAGAAGGAUAGAAAGAUGAUGCGGCAGCAAAAAGAAAUUAAACGAUGGUUUUGAGAAAUUUAAAAAUAAAAGAAGAAAGAAAGAAAAGAGAAUGAAAGGAAAAUUGAAAAAAUUGUCUGUGAUUAUCAGUCAUAAUAAUCUUUAGGUCAACAUAUUUUUUAGAGAAUAUUUUUUAGCAAAUUACAAAAUUUAUGAUAUACCCCUAUUAUUGAUAUGAUAUUGGAUCAGACACGCUACGCAUAAUAUUAAAAUAAAAUGAAAAAAAAGAAAUGAAGAAAAAGAAUUGAAACUGUAAAAGUUGCAAACUGUUUAAUAGAAUUAUGAAUAGUUGAGAUCGAUGGCUGUUGUAAAAUAUUCAGUGUUUGGACGAAUAAUUAUUAAAAACUAUUUAUAAUAUCGAUCAAUAUCGAGGUACGAUUAUAUAUUAUUGUAUCGUAUACUAUAGUAGCGUUUCUAUCUCUUUUGCGUUUGCAUAUUCAUCGGAAUAGAUUAUAGAAGAGAAUUGGUCGUAGGUCCGUACAAGACGAAGUCGUGAUGAAUGUAAAAUUAAACGAAGAGACGCUGCGGGUAAAUGGGAUGUAUUUACUGCACGCGUUCAGCGUGUAAAUUGUCGUUAUAAAAUCCAUCUACUUAUUGUAGAGAACUUAUGAAAUAAUCGUAAUAUUUACAUUAACCAGAUGAUAUGCAUACCACAUAGAGACACAUAACUACUGCUUUCAUCACACGAUACAAAAGUACAGACACACACACGCAUAAUACACACAAAGGAAGAUAAGAGACACUACAAAACCGUACGCCCAUGUUUUGUAAUUAAAUGUUUUGUUAGUAUUAUAUGAGAAAUUAACAAAAUAAAAACAAAAAUGGAAGUAUAAA